AUGCUGCGUCUGGGGAGCAGAGCUGGCAUUGUCCGAGCUGCUGGAUAUUCCCAAGCCGGAGGAGUUGCUGUUGCCGAUAGCGAGCUUCCAGUCAUCAUCGUCGAUGAAGCCAACACAGCGUCCCCGACAAGGAAUGGCAAUGGUGAGAACACCGCCAAGCGAGAAGCUGCCCCCAAUGCUCUCCAGCUCUUGGUUGCACUGACAAAGCAGGAUCGCAAGGUCGGCGUGAUUCCGGUCGCCUCUACACCUUUCCACUGGGUCUGCAAAACCUUGGCUUCAACAAGUUUGACGCCCUCAAGUCGAACGUGGUUCCGGAGGUCGAAAAUGAGACCAUGCUGA